AUGUUAAAUUGGACAGAGUCUGGAGGCCAUGUUCGAGUUGAGCCGCCGUUUGUUGACUUCAGCAAUGUUUGCGUCGGGGGGGUUUACAAGACAACGGUCACGGCCACAAACAUCGGGAAAGGUCGGAAAAAGAUCAUCAUUGAGAAGCCUGCCAGGAGGUUGUUCAAGUUCACAGCAGCGGGUACGACCGUGACUGUGGCUCCUGGUCAGUCUGUCAGUGGCCUGCUGCAGUUCACUCCAAACAAAGAGGAGGUGGUCAGAGACUGCCUUCUGAUCCAUAUAGAUGAUGCGGAGACCAUUGAGGUCCCAUUGCUUGCGUAUCCCAGGACUUGCUCCCUCCAUACGGACUCGGUAUUAGACUUUGGUUGUCUAGCUGCCAGCAGGCAGAUAAUCAGCAAACACCAUCCUGUAACCAAUCAAGGAUCAGAACCUGGUGUGUUCCAAGUGAUGUACAGUGCAGACCCUUCAAUCACUCUGUCACCCCUGAGUGGAGUCAUUGAAGCGCAUGCCACCCAGUGGAUAAACGUUGAACUACGCACAGACAGACCCGGACAAUUUGAUGAGAAGGCUCUGAUAAAACUCGAAGGUUUCUCUCCUGUAACUCUCACUAUCAAGGCUAAUGUGGUGGAUCAGCGGCUUGAAGUCUGUGACCUGAAGGGGGACUCACUCCCCUGUCUGCGGUUUGGGCCUCAAUAUUAUGGGACGUCCUGCGUGAAGAAUGUGUUUCUGAGAAACGAUGGCCCCCAGGCCUGUGACUGGAUCUGCCUGAUUCAGGAUACUGCUGCUGGGACUGACGUGGGAACCGACCUCCGAAAGAGCACAGACACCUCCCUGUGUGAUGGAGAGGAGCAGUGCCUCCCGGCGGCGCAGGAUUUCUCUCAAGUCUUGGUGUGUGCACCGUACCAGGGUCGACUGGGACCUUAUGGCACAACCACUGUGGCCGUGAGCUUCAGUCCGUUCCGUAUCAGGCCGACAAGAGUGGAGCAAAAUCGCACCGUCAGACGACAGGACUAUUGUCUGUUCCUGUUAUUUGACUCAGUGGGGAGGAGACAUGGCUUCACUCACCACAGUGGUAGUGUGGAGCUGGCAGUGACCGGCUCUGGGAUUCCUGUCUCUCUGGUAUCCAGUCCUUCUCAAAGGUUUGAUUUCCCACCUGCUAUGAUGGGCCAAAACGUGGCCCUGCUGUGUGUGCUGCAGAACCUCUGCCCUGAACUUCCCGUCAACUUCCACUUCCGCAAGUUAUCGCAUUUCAUCACUGAGCCUUACAAGGGAACCAUAGGCCCUGGGCAGAGUCAGGAUGUCGUCUUGUCUUUCACUGCGCGGCAGCAGGGGAGCUUCCAGCUGUGUCAGAUGCUGGAUGUCUUAGGUCAUGUUCACCAGAGCAGUGACAACACGGCUGAAUUUAAGUAUGGGAGCUUCCACACAGUGGCUCUACAGCUGUCUGCUAUCUGCUGCAGCGUGACUGGGCACCAACCUCAUCCUGACAUCAUUCCGGCAGCGACUAAAACAACUUGUUCGCCACCUGGCGUUCAGCCUCGGGAUUUGGCUGGCUGUCAUGCGGACCCCAAGUAUGUUUUCACUGAGCUGGAGCAGAGACUGCGAAAUCAGAAGAUUUACACAGACGUCGUCAUAAAGCUCAUGCAAACACGGCUGUCGAGAACAAAGAAGAGAGCUGCAAGAAAGCAAGACAAAAUGUUACAGGAGGUGGACAUCGGGAUGGUACCGGCUCAAGGACUUGUUCCCACAAAACUGCAUAUCAGGGACCUUGAGAUCAGUGACAUCUCAAACACCAAGCUUAAGAGUAGCUGUGCUUUCCCACUAACCAAAUGCAGCUGCCCAGGAAAAAAGACAUCCUUCCCCCUGCAGUUCAAAAAUAUGGCCUCAGAAGUAAUGCAUGCAGUUCCCUCUAACAGCCAGGAGGUGGCAGACUGCAGCAGGACUCUGACAGCUCAGGAAUUCUACCAAGUUGUCAUAGGUCCAUUGUUUUUGGACUUUGGCGAAGUGUGUGUGCAGUCGAGGUGUGUUCAGAAGCUGGAGCUGACCAAUCAUCUAUCAGCUUAUGUCUGGGUGGAGCUGGAGAUGGACAUUGAGGAGCUGCAGGGCUCCUCACCCCUAUCCCACGUCCUGCCCCCCUGCUCCCACAGCGCCUUACCUCUGACAUUUCAGUGCAACAAGCUGGGACCCUUUUACAGAACUGUGACCUACGCUGUAAACCAGCAGCACCCUGGUCAGAUACUAGUCCAGGCUCAGGUCGUCCCCUUGGCUCUGGAACUGUCCACCAACCUGCUAGUGCUCCGUUCCACCCCCCCCUUACUUGUCCGGUCAGGAUAUAGAAGUUCAGUUACACUUCGAAACCAUCGUAACCAUGCUGCAGAAUUCACAUGGAGACCAGUAGUCAGAGAGAAUGGCGUCCUGUUCUCUAUUCGACCAGCUACAGGUACAGUGGAGCCAUACAGGGAAUUGGACUGUGACGUGAUGUGGCAUCCCUCCUUCUCUUCCCCUGCAGAAGGAGACUUUGACCUGUGUGUCCACGAGGGCAACACACAACGCCUGUACUGUGUUGCCAAGGUUGAAUCCACUAGUGUCCAACUGGCAGAAACACAGGUGAUGUUUGGAUCAGUGCCUCUCAACAUGCCUUCUAUCAGAACUGCCAUCUUACACAACAGUGGACAGAGCCAUGCCUACUAUCAGGUGAUAGAUGUGUGCCCUCUGCCAGGCCUGGUUGUGGGUCCAUUUGAGGGCGUGGUGCCAAGUCGGGGGAAAGCCGAGCUCAAGAUCCACUUCAGCCCUGAUUCAGUCAUCAGGUUUGACACCAGAGUGGAGAUUGCUCUGAGGGGCAUGAAGUCCAUUGAGUUGAGGGUGGGCGGAUCAGUGGAGCCUCCAAAUCUUGACAUUAGCGUGUCCCUUUUCCAGUUCCAUGGCGUCCAUGCUGGUUCUCGGCGGGCGAUACCUUUCACUGUGACAAACUGCUCAUCAGCCGCAGCCCGGGUCACCUUCAACCUGUCAAUAUAUGCAGACUUCUCUUUCCAGCUCCCUCAGCCCUCACACAGUAUGCAUUUACUCACUCAGUCCGAGAAGGAGCCAGGUGUGAGUGUUGUGGAAGUGCAGGGCUACCAGACGAAGGACUGCUCCCUUAUCUUCUCACCCACACAGGCAGCCAGUUACGACUUCGACCUGCCGGUGAUGGUCAACGGAGUGAAGUGGCCCAUUGGUCCUCUGUCUCCCUUCCCUGCUCCGUCCUCCGCAUCCACCUUCUCCUCUCUGUCAGCUGUCAGCUGGAAGCACAUGGUCCAGCCACACAGCCGCUCUGUCAUCAUGCCGACACAACGGUCCCCGUGCAUACAGGCCACAGUGCUGUGUGCUCCACUGGAAAUGUCCCCGUCAAGCUUACAGCUCCACGUGGAGCCUUGGGCGUCACAGUGUGGUGUUCAUACUAAGACAGUGGAGCUGAAAGCAGUGAGUGAAGAGAGUGUGAUCUGGUGUGGUCUCACCAGUAAGCAGUUGCACUGGUGGUUUGACUGCAGUGCAAUCGCAGCACCAACAGGGGACAGAAGGGAGUGUGCGUUAUGUACAGUGACUCCAUCAUCCGGCCGUCUGGGGCCCAGCCAGAUCAUCUGUGUUGAGGUCAGCAUCAGGCCUGAGGCGAUCAGAACAGCAUCUGACAGAUUAAUCAAACUGUCCCUCCCUCUGUACUUGGGAGAUAAGGAUGGAGAGAGAAUGGAAGAAGAGAGGGAACGUCAGCCCUACCGAGAGCUGGCCAUCACUAUUACUGUCCAGCGUCCCAGUAUCACCUUCCACCCCCCUCAAAUCCUGCUUUGCCCAGCGCCCCUGGAAAGCAACGCAACGGCCAAACUCACCCUAGUGGCUGUUGGAUAUCCAAGUGGGACCAGGAUAUCAGCUGAAGUGGAUGAGAUGGAACUGGAGAAUGGGACAAAGAUGCAGCAUGUCAACGUCAUGUUUCCUGAGGGUAACUGCCUCCUUGUCCAAAAACCGGACCAGGUAAAGGGUUUUGGAAUGCAGGAAUCCAAUGUGACCUGUCUGAUUUGCAGUGUGUCCUGCUCUUCUGCCGUUCCUCUUUCCCUCGGCACAAAUAUCACAUUCACGGAACAGCACUUCAACAACAGGUUUAAGGUUAAGUUGAGCGCAAUCGCUGACAACUGUGUCUUGACCGUCUGGCCCUACAUGGCCCUGCACCGCUCGGAGCAACAGAUAGUUGUCAAGACUGGAGCCAAAGCUGAGGAGGCGAUUCUUCAGCGCUAUCAAACACCAAGUCCUGUGUUUGGCCUAGCGUCAUCCUCCUCCACAUUUGACCACAACAGCUCAACUAACAAGAGCUCAGGAUUAGACUAUCUUCCAGGCAGUGACAGUGUGAGUGGUCGGAGCAGCAGGGAUGAAGAAGUAGCUCCAAAGAGACAGACCCUGGACAAUCCCGGCGUCCCACAAUUCCCUAAUGCCAACACAGACGAAGGGCUGUACCACCAGAAUGUGUUAGUGGCUGUGGAGAGGUGGUUUAGUCUCUUCGGCUGGCCCAACGGAACACAUCCUAUCUCUGUACCACACUCUCUCAGAAGAGUUGUGGCACAAAGUCAAACCAAAUCUUCCAGUGGACGGACUUACCGCGUCAGCCAAAACAAAGACAGCAGGUCUGUGAUGGACAUGUUUCAUCACCUGAAUGGCAAAAAGAUUCCUGGAAUUCAUCACUCGGAGACAUUUUCUACAGAUAAAGACCAGCGGACCAUUCAGCUGUUAAAACACCUUGAAGCUUUGCUUGCUUUUCUCAGGAUGCAGGGGGCAUCUCUCUGGCACAUCAGACCAGAGUAUUUGCUCGACAUGGAGGAUUUUAAACACUGGUGCUCCCAGCAGUCAAAUGAGGAAGAGUGUGGUCUGGACUUCAGGAGUGUAGACUAUGAGUCUCUGAGCAAACGAUCCUGGAUGGAUGUGCUGCUGCAGAUAUACAAGGUAUUUGUCUUGUGUCGUGUGGCGGAGAGUGGUCUGAACACAAUUCUCAACCAGGAAGACUCAGAUGGGAUCCAAACUGCCAACUCACAGCCAGUGAGCAGUAAUGUCUAUUCCGCCUGCGAGCUCCAGUUGCUCUCAUGGCUCAACAAGCACUUCCAGAACAUGAGGAAAACUGUCUGGGGUACAGGUGGCGUCCCUUCAGCACGCUGGAUAGUGAAUUUUGACCUGGACCUGAAAGAUGGACUGGUGCUCGCUGCUCUGCUUGCUGCUUACUGUCCUUAUCUGAUCUUCAGCCACUUCCAGAGGAUGUACACCACCCCGAGCAGCCUGGAGCAGAUCCUCCACAACAACAUCAUACUGGUCCAGUCCUUAACUGUGCUUUCUCUCAACAUAGAUAUACAGCCCACAGACUUGUCAGAUCCGAAUCCAGUGCAGAUGUUAAUGCUGUGCGUUCACCUGUAUGAGAGGCUGCCUCAGUACCUGCCACUGAACACUAUCACUCUCUCAGGAAGCCUGCACAGCACCUUCAGCAAGCAGGUUCGACUGAAAUGCCCGUCCUCUAAGCCUGCCAGAUACCAGGCCCUCAUUUUAGGAGAGGAUGCCCAUCUCUUCUCCCUGCCAGAUGGAUCUACUGUCAGCAUUCUUCCAAAGACGAGCGCAGAACUGACAGUCCAGUAUCGCUGCUCCUUCCUGCAGCCCACGGAGGCCGUCCUGCUGCUCAUCUCCACCUCCACUUUCGGUCUGAGGGCCACCACUCUCGCCUUCAAUCUAAAAAGCCAUGUCCGUCACAUCACAGCCACAAAAACGGUCAGGUGUGUGUCACCAUGCUAUGAGCCCAGAGUGGUCCAACUGCUGAUAACCAAUCCUUUCAAUAAGGACGCUAAGUUCAGGGUGGUGCUGGUGGAGUCUAAGUUCAACCCCCUGGAGCCUGAAAAGGAAAAAGAAAGCUUCAUUCAACAGGCCUCCUCCACAGCCCAGAUCGAGCAGACAGCUCCAGACAUGAGCGGUGGGGAGGAUGUGGAAGAGCACCCCUCAGCUUUCAAUGGUGGAAGCAGUGACUUCCUGAGUGCAGUGGGGAGCGUUUCUCUGAAGUCAGGCCAAACACACACUCUGGACAUCCACUACCUGCCCCUCUUACCAGGCACCAAGUACGGCUCUGUGCUGCUAGUCUGCCCGCGGAUAGGCGACAUGGUCUAUAUUGUGAAGGCCACAGCAGAAUUGCCUCUUCCUUCCCCGCUCACUGCCAGGCCAUCUUCAAACAUAGUCUCAAUAUCUGUGUGUGUAUCAGUGCUAAGCCUACGCUGCAAAGUGGAGCAGGUGUGCGAGGAGAUGGUGCGUGUGCCGCUGAUCAAUGUGCCCUGGGAGCGAGCUCUGGCCAUCUGGGGUCAGCAGAGCAUGAGUGCAGAGGAGCAGAGGAGGCGGAUGCUGACACACACGUUGUACAGUAGCACUGUGAGGGCAUCUACAGCCAUACGCAAGCUCUCCAAUCAACAGCUACACACACAGACGCUCUUUGGAAAGCAGCAGUUGAGUGGUACUGACCAAUGUAAAGCGGUUACAUAUAGUGUUGAGGUUUCUUUGCCACGGUACUUCACUUUACCCAGUACUGUUCAAAUACCUAUAAAGGAAGACACCAAUGUACCAUGGGAGGAUCCUGCAGAUUGUGGCUAUGUGGACAUUCCAUUACGGUUCCAGGCCGACCGUGUGGGAAAAUUCACAUGUCAGGUGGUCCUGAAGACUUCUCGUGAUAUCAGGGUCUACAUGCUGGAGGCACUGGUUACCUCAAAGGGAGAAUCCAAUCACCUGGACUUCAGUUCGCCUGCUCACUGUUCAGUCACACAAGACAUACCAGUGCACAAUGAGACCCAGCAGGACUGGAACAUGCAAGCUGAGGUGUGCGGUGAAGGAUUCUGUGGUCCAAAGGUUUUGAAUGUACCAGCUGGGACAACAGUCUGCUACCCCCUCUCCUUUCACCCCUCUGCACAAAGUGUCUUCAUGGGCAAGCUGUCCUUACAGAAUGACUGUGGUGGAGCUGAGCAUGUGUUUACCCUCAGAGGAGUGGGAGAGCGCCCCCUGCCUGUGGACCAGGUGGUAUCAUAUUGCCCUGCUGGAAAGAACUCAUAAGCUCAGCUGGAUGUCCUCAGCGACAGCCAGGACGAGCUCAGUCUCAAGGUAGAAGGACGUGAUGUGAAUGAGCCACACUGUUACUGCAAUCUGAAUAAUGUGGUGGAAUACAAUAUGCCAUUUAAAGACAUUCCUGUAGUGGACACUCCAGACCUGGCCUCAGUCAGUAUGCUUACCCAGUCAGUGCAGGUUCUGAUCCCGACCCGUCAGAAAUACACAGACUCCACACCGGCACCGACAGUCUUUUUGAGAUCCAGUGCUGGAGAAGAAGGCCUCCAGAUGAGGCCACUGGCAGAACUCCUUUACUGGACAACCAUGGCGCCUCCAGGCCAGACCACCUGGACUCCACCUGAGGUCCCCAGCCACCAAACCACGUCUGCAAAAUUGUGUGUGUUGUUGAGUGGGCGUGGCCUUAAUCCGGAGAGCGAGGAGCCUCUUGGCAUCUCCUCCACGAUUCGCUCCCAUGCCUCCGUCACUGGUCCCUUCAAACACCCCACUGAGUUCCCAGCCUCACUCAGCAUCACACUCACAGGUAUACAACUCACUGAGGGCCGGUUUGAUGUGCCUGUAGUGUUUGUGCCCAUGUCUGCGGAGGUACAACACGCCUGGCUCUGCAGCACCAUGAGGCCUCUCAGCAGCUCAGGCAAUAACACUAACUUCAGCACAGACGACACAAGGUGUCUGAGCAGGAACUUGUCAACCAUCUGCUGGAUUUGUCCUCUCUGUGGGAUUCCCAUGGAAGUGCCUGUUGAGAGCUCGCCACUUGGCGUGGUCUGGUGUGAGGCGGGCUGCCAGCUGGAGAGGAAGCUGGAUCCACUGCUUGCUGCAUGUGUGCCGGGGAAUCACGAGGGGAAGGUGGGGGCCAGUUUGUGUCCAAGUGAAAACUGA